AAAUGCAAAAGUGGAGAAUAUUGUGAAUACGGUGCUUAUAAAAAGAAUCGAGGGAUCGCCGGAAAACCAAAACUCUUAUACCGGAAAACCAAAACUCCGAUACCGGAAAACCAGAAGGAAUGAAGAGGUGUGAGUUGUGCACCAACGUAGCUCGGAUGUACUGCCAAUCCGAUAACGCAAGCCUCUGUUACGACUGCGAUCAAAACGUUCACUCCGCCAAUUUUCUCGUCGCCAAGCACUCCCGAACCCUCCUCUGCCAUAAAUGUCAAUCUCCAACUCCUUGGAACGCUUCCGGCCUCAAUCUCGGCCGUACCGCCUCCGUAUGUGUUAAUUGUCUUGACGAAGACUCGUCUCAACGGCGGGUGUUGAUGGAAGGAGGGACUAGUCACCGUGGAAACGAUGGCUUAGAGGAUAAUUGUGUUGUGCACGAUGAUCUACGCGAGGAGGGAUAUGGAGAGACGGAUGAUGACGAUACGGAACACAGUGAUGAGAGUGAGGGAGAGGAUGUCGAUGAGGAUGAGGAUGAGGAUGCAGAAAAUCAGGUGGUUCCGUGGUCGAUUGUGGCGUCGGCACCUAUCACCGCUUCUUCGAGUAGUGAGGAAUUUUCUUCAAGCAGAUUGUCAUCUGAUGAUACUAGAUCCGGAACUAAACGAGAACGAUUGGAUGCUUAUAUCGAUUCUGAAGACGAUACAGUAUGUUCAUCGGAAAGAUCCAACAGUAAAGCUAGAACGGAGAUCGAUGACGCCAUUUCAUUCAGAUCCUUUAGACCAAUUUAGAUCAGACAGAGUUGGAGAUCAUGGUGAAAUGUUACAAAAAAGGACUGGAAAUAGUUUUGAUCAUUCACCCUUCGUUGGCAAUGAUGAAUUGAUGAUUGAUGGACAUCGUUAUGGAUGUGAUCAGAUUACCCUUUUUUCUGUUCAAGUUGGGUUAAUGGAUUGUUCUUCAAUUUCAUCCAUGUUUUGUUCGUUCAGAUUAAAGAAGAGGCCACUUGGCAUGGAUGGUAUGGUCUUUCGAUGACAUUGCUCCAGGAAAUCCAGUUGAAAUCUCGUUUUGUUAUAUCAAUUGUUUUGUAACUUUUGUGAUUGAUGCUUGUUUCAGACAAAAAAGCUUGUCAUACUUCAUAAAGAAAUUGAAAGGGGGUGAAUACCAUUUGCAAAAGCUCCCACAAUUUGUGC